AUGUGGUAUGGCGAAAGGAUAAACAAGCGUAAAAAUAGCAAAAAUCCUUCUUUUUCACUCUGUUGUGGACAAGGUCAGGUAGUUUUGCCUCUGUUAAAAGAUCCGCCAACAGAACUUAAAAGAUUGAUUGAAGGAGAUGAUAAAAAAUGCAAGCAUUUUCAGAAAAAUAUCAGAGCCUAUAACAUGGUCUUCUCAUUUACUUCACUUGGUGGGAAAGUAGAAAGAUCUCUAAGAAAAGGAGUUGGGCCAGAGAUGUUUCAAAUGCAAGGAGAAAAUUACCAUCUUUUGGGUAGUUUAAAACCACCAGAUGGUAAAGAUGCCAAAUUCGGACAGAUGUAUAUCUGUGAUACUGAAAAUGAAGCUGAACAUAGAGCUAAUUGCUUAAGGGGAGGUAAAACUACCUAUAAAGGCAAGAAAAAGAAUCACCUGAGGAAAGAAAUUAUUGAAGUUUUGAUGAAAGUCUUAGAUGAAGUCAAUCCAUAUGUUAAGAGCUUCAGAUCAGCAGGAGAACGAUUUAAUACUAAUCCUGAAGAAGCAUUUCAUAUGAGGAUCAUCAGUGAUCGUCUAACGGAUGGCAGAACAUACAACACACCAACAGCAUCAGAAGUUGCAGCUUUGAUUCCUGGAGAUUUUAAUCUUGAUAUGGAUAAAAGAGAUAUAGUACUUCAGAAACAUUGUGGAAAGUUAAUGAGGAUUAAUGAGAUUCAUCCCUCAUAUCUAGCACUGCAGUACCCUCUAUUAUUUACACACGGAGAAGAUGGAUUUAGACUGGGUAUUCAGAAAGGAGUAACAGAAGCUACUAAGAAGCUGAAGAAGAAGACAAUUAGUAUGAGGCAAUAUUAUGCUUUUCGUCUUCAUGAGCGUAGGAAUGAGUCUCACACUCUAUUAUAUGCUAGGCGUCUGUUUCAGCAAUUUGUAGUGGAUGCUUUCACAACUAUUGAGUCUAACCGUCUACGGUAUCUCAAGUUCAAUCAGUCUACUUUGAGAUCUGAUAGUUAUGACUCUAUCAAACAGUCUGAGACUUCAGGAAAAAUCGAUAUGCAUGAUCAAGGAACUGAAUUUGUGUUGCCAGCUUCAUUCACUGGUGGUCCAAGAUAUAUGAAAAACAAUUAUUUGGAUGCUAUGACCAUUUCUAAGCAUUUUGGAUUUCCGGAUCUGUUCAUCACUUACACAUGCAAUCCUAAAUGGCCAGAGAUCACCAGGUUUCUAGAGAAAAGAAAUUUAAAGGCAGAGGAUAGAUCUGAAAUUGUUUCUAGGAUCUUUAAAAUGAAACUUGAAGCAUUCAUGGAUGAUUUAACAAAGAAGCACAUUCUUGGGAAGACUGUAUCGUCAAUGUACACAAUUGAGUUUCAGAAACGUGGUUUGCCGCACACACAUGUUUUGUUAUUCUUGCAUCAAGAAAACAAGCUUCCUACUACAGAUGAUAUUGAUAAGAUAAUUUGUGCGGAAAUCCCUGAUAAAGACGAAGAACCAGAGCUAUAUGAUGUCAUUAAAGAUAUGAUGAUGCAUGGUCCGUGUGGAGCUGCUAAUAUGAAUUCACCAUGCAUGGAGAAUGGACAGUGCUCAAAGUUAUAUCCCAAACCAUAUGCUGAGAAGACUACAGUUAAUAGAGAAGGAUUUCCUGUUUACAGAAGGCGUGAGCAGUCCGAACGUUUUGUGGUAAAGAAUGGGAUAAAGUUAGACAAUCGCUGGGUUAUUCCUUACAACAAGAAACUGUCUCUUCGUUACCGAGCUCAUAUCAAUGUCGAAUGGUGCAACCAAGCUGGUUCUAUUAAGUACUUAUUUAAGUACAUUAACAAAGGACAGGACCGUGUUACCGUCGCUGUCGAACCACCUGACCAUGUACUUAUGAACCAGCUUGAAACCGCAGGAGAAAAUGUAGAGAAAAGAAAUGAAUUCAAAGAUUACUUCGACUGCAGAUAUGUUUCGGUAUGUGAAGCUGGUUGGAGGAUUUUUCAGUUUCCAAUUCACUUUCGAUCUACAUCAGUUGAGAAGCUUAUUUUCCAUCUACCUGGAAAGCAACAUGUUAUUUUCAGAGGGAAAGAUAAGAUGGAAGUUGUUCUGAAUAAAAUUGAUGCGUUUGCUAGAACUCUCCUCUAUGCCCAGAUUCCCAACUUUUAUACUUACAAGAAGAACCUGAAGAAGUUUACUAGGCGGAAAAGAGGAUUUAGCGUCGGCAGGAUAAAUUAUGCUCCCCGUAAACAGGAAGAUGCAUAUUAUUUGCGUGUGUUGUUGAACGUUGUUAGAGGGCCUACCAGUUAUGAAGACAUCAAAACCUACAAUGGUGUUACAUAUCCUGAAUACAAAGAUGCAUGCUUUGCUCGUGGCUUAUUAGAUGAUGAUCAAGAGUACAUUGACGAUAUAGUGAGGAGAAGUUUUGAGAGCUUUGGAAGUGAUCUGCGACAUGUGUUUGUUAUGAUGCUGAAUAAUAAUACCUUAUCUACACCAGAAACAGUAUGGGAAAAAACUUGGCAGAUUUUGUCUGAAGAUAUUGAGUAUAAUCGCCGGAUUUAUUUCAACAGACCAGAACUUUUGUUAAGUGAUGAGGAGAAAAAGAAGUUUGCUUUACAAGAGAUUGAGAAGCAUCUGAAGCGAAAUGGGACUUCUCUUGCAAACUUCUUAUCUAUGCCACAACUUCCUCCUACAGACGAUACUGAUGACAAUGUUCUGAUACUAGAUGAGCGGAGUUAUGAUCGUCAACAACUGGUAGAUACUCUUGAUAGAGACGUUCCAAAGAUGACAGAUGAACAGAAGAAAAUUUUUGAUGAAAUUGUCGAUGCCGUGAAUGAAGAAAGAGGUGGAAUGUUUUUCGUUUACGGAUUUGGCGGUACUGGGAAAACCUUCCUUUGGAAAUUAAUAUCUGCAGCCAUUCGUUCUAAAGGAGAUAUUGUUCUUAAUGUUGUGUCAAGUGGAAUAGCAUCUUUGUUGUUACAAGGCGGAAGGACUGCUCACUCAAGAUUUGGCAUACCACUCAGCCCUGAUGAGUUUUCUUCGUGUACUAUGGCUCCUGGAUCAGAUCAAGCUAAUUUGGUAAAAGAAGCAUCACUCAUUAUAUGGGAUGAGGCACCUAUGAUGAGUAAGCAUUGUUUUGAAGCUCUAGAUAGAAGCAUGUCUGAUAUUAUGGGGAAGCAUAGAACUAAACCUUUUGGUGGGAAGGUUGUAUUGUUUGGAGGUGAUUUUCGACAGAUUCUACCUGUAAUACAUGGAGCUGGAAGGGCUGACAUUGUUUUUGCCACACUGAAUUCUUCUUAUCUUUGGGAGCACUGUAAAGUCUUCAAACUCACAAAGAACAUGCGGCUAUUGUCUGAAUUCUCUGAGUGGAUCUUAAAGGUUGGAGAAGGUAAAAUUGCAGAGCCUAACGAUGGCGAAGCUGAGAUCGAUAUUCCUGAAGAGUUUUUGAUUAUGGAUUCAGAUGAUCCUAUAGAAGCCAUAAGCAAAGCUGUGUAUGGGGAUAGUGCUUUGUUACAAGAUAAGAAAGAACCUAAUUUUUUCCAAGAGAGAGCUAUUCUUUGUCCUACUAAUGAAGAUGUCAACAUGAUAAAUGAAUAUAUGUUGGAUAAGCUUGAUGGUGAGGAAAGGAUCUACAUUAGCGCAGAUAGUAUUGAUCCAAUAGAUAAAAUUUCUAUUAGUGAUGAAGCUCUUGGUCCUGAUUUCUUGAACACUAUUAAGGUGUCUGGAUUGCCAAACCACAGUCUUAGACUCAAGGUUGGUUGUCCUGUUAUGGUUCUAAGGAAUAUUGCUCCUACAGAAGGAUUAAUGAAUGGAACGAGGCUGCAGAUCACAGAGUUAAUGGAUUUGAUGGUUAAGGCUAGAAUCAUCACUGGAGAAAGAGUUGGGGAGACAGUAUACAUUCCCAGAUUGUUAAUAACACCAUCAGAUACUAGAUUGCCUUUUAAAAUGCGCAGACGGCAAUUACCUUUAGCUGUGGCUUUUGCUAUAACUAUAAACAAAAGCCAAGGACAAUCAUUAUCAGAAGUUGGGCUCUUUCUGCCAAGACCGGUGUUUUCACAUGGACAGCUAUAUGUAGCAAUUUCUAGAGUGACGUCAAAGAAAGGUUUGAAAAUAUUGAUUCUGGACAAAGAUGGCAAGCCUCAGAAAAAAACCAUGAAUGUUGUUUUUAAACAGAUUUUCAACAAUCUUGAACAAAGGGAUUGA